AUGUUGCGCUUGGCUCAGCUGCGGCUGCUUAUGCAGUUGGCUGAAGUGUGGCUUGAUGGGCACAAGGAGUCCUUCUAUAAGGUGAAGCCUGAAGCUCGAAAUAUGCCAGCAGGUGAGUUACAGCAGAUGCAGGAAUCCCGAGAGAGGCUGAAGUGCCAAGAUAUGGACUGGUACCUUCAGAAUGUGGAUGUGGAACUGGCGUGGGAGGAAAAUCACAUUUGCAUCCCUGGUGCCAAAAAGGCCGGUUGA